AUGGAUCAGCCGCAGUGCUGUGUAUACGGCGAUGUGCAACGUGUAAAGAUUUUGUACAACAAAAAGGAUUCGGCGCUUAUACAAAUGGCAGAGCCACAACAAGCUUAUUUGGCCAUGUCUCACCUUGAUAAAUUACGUUUAUGGAGCAAGCCAAUACGUGUCAUGGCCAGCAAACAUCAGGCCGUCCAGCUGCCCAAGGAGGGACAGCCCGACGCCGGACUGACUCGUGACUACUCACAGAAUCCAUUGCAUCGCUUCAAGAAACCAGGCAGCAAGAACUAUCAAAACAUCUACCCGCCAUCGGCGACACUGCAUUUAAGUAACAUUCCCGCAUCCUGCACUGAGGAUGAUAUCAAAGAAGCCUUCACCUCCAACAGCUUUGAAGUAAAAGCAUUCAAAUUUUUCCCUAAGGAUCGCAAAAUGGCGCUGCUGCAGCUUUCGUCGGUGGAGGAGGCAGUGCUGGCGCUUAUCAAAAUGCACAAUCAUCAGCUAUCGGAAUCCAAUCAUUUGCGUGUGAGCUUCUCCAAGUCGAACAUCUAGGAUCCGAGCUCGAGUCAGGCUCACUGAGCUUGACUGAGUGCCAACAGCAGCUACGGCUAUAGGCUAAGGCAGCAUCUCUUUUGGCAGCAACAGAUACAAUCUUUAUAUCGUAGUACAAGCGGCGUGCAGGGCUAUCGCCACAGCCACUACAACAGCAACAACUGAAAGCAACCCCCCGAGACCCAACAGCAGCAACAGCAACAGCAACAAUCGAUGCAUGAGCUAAUAGCAAUUAAUACAGAAAGCAACCACAAGAAAUUCUUUUAAACACACACAAAGUCUAUUUACUGUUUUCUACACACAAACACAAACAAAUUCUAAAGCUUAAUAAAAAAAAAGGCAGCAAUUUAUUCAAAUACGAGUUUAUCAAAGUGCAACAUGCAAUUAGCAAUAAACAGUUACAGCCCUCUCUCUAAAACAAUCAAGCGACGUCGUAUAAUCAUAAGCUUAAAGUUAAUACUAUAGUCUAUAAGUUUCACACUUGCAUUGCAUAGAAAGAGAAAAACAAUCAACUAAACUAAACUAAAACUAAACUUAAGUGCACACCGUACUGUGUUUUGAUUUUAAAAAUAUGUCAGGCAACAACAACCAACCAACAAAUUGUAUAAAUUGCGCAAAGAAAUCUUUUGUUAAACAAUGAAAUAAGCGAAAAAAACACAAAUAUAAGUAUAUAUAAAAUCAUUGUGUGCGAGUAUUUACUGUUAUUAUAUGAUAUUUUAAGUGAUUAAUUGAUAAUCCCCCCUGAUUUAUUAUCGAGAGCAACAAAUGAGAACUUAAAUUGCAAAACAAAAAUCGCAUUUAAGCAGUUUUUAAACAAAGUUUUUGUCGUUUUGUUAGUGGUACGCGUAAACUUAAAAAAAAGCAAAAAACAAACUAAAAAUAAACAUAAAAUACUAUGGGCACUCAAAAUGUAUUAAAUUCAUAUUAAAAAAAAAACAAUUGAAUAUACGUGCGUUUGAAGCGAUCGCAUUAUUAUAAGUACGCCCUUCGAUUAGCAUUAAUAUUAAAAUUUAAAAUACACACAAAGCAAACAACAAAAAGAAAACAGAACAAAUUUAAAUGA